AUGUCACAAAAAUAAAUAUAGGCAAAUUAAGGGACACCUAUAAGUAACAAUACAUAAACAAAUAGCAAAAAGAGCUCAUUAAGCAACACUAUUGCUUAAAAUGCUGUGAAAAAGAAAAGACAGGUUACAUGGAAAGAGGAGUUCCAAAUAUAUGAAGUAGAUAAUUGGAAAGAGUUUAAUAUACUAAAUGAUGAUAAUGAUAAGAUACAAUGCAGAUGCUCAAUCUUUUGA